AUGAUGACCCUCGACCUGAUGGGUGGGUACGGGCGGGUGGACGAGCAGGUGGCCAUCCAGGACGCCGCCGCGGCGGGACUGCGCGGGAUGGAGCACCUCAUCUUGCAGCUCUCCCAGGCCGGCACCGGGGAGCGGUCGUCGUCCUCACCGGCGGCAGAGGGGCCGCAGCGUCAGCAGCUGGAGCAGAUACAGCAGCAGCAGCAGGUUGACUGCCGGGAGAUCACGGACAUGACGGUGUCCAAGUUCAAGAAGGUGAUCUCCAUCCUGAACCGCACGGGGCACGCGCGGUUCCGGCGCGGCCCCGUGGUGGCACAGUCGCAGGGCCCGGCCGCCCCCGAGUCCGCGCGGUCGAGGCCGGCGCCUGUGAUACUGGACUUCACCAAGUCGGUGUCCGGCGGGUACAGCCAGGACUCCGGGUUCAGCUUGUCCGGCGCGAGCUCGUCGUUCCUGUCGUCGGUGACGACCGGGGACGCGAGCGUGUCGAACGGGCGCGGGGGAGGUUCGUCGUCCCUCGUGCUCCCACCGGCCAUCUGCGGGAAGCCGCCGCUGUCGUCGUAUUCCGGCGGCGCGGCGCAGAAGCGCAAGUGCCACGACCACGCGCACUCGGAGAACGUCGCCGGCGGCAAGUACGGGGCCAACGGCGGGCGCUGCCACUGCUCGAAGCGCAGGAAGCACCGCUUGAAGUGCACGAUCCGCGUGCCGGCGAUCAGCCCCAAGGUGGCGGACAUCGCCGCCGACGAGUACUCGUGGCGCAAGUACGGGCAGAAGCCAAUCAAGGGGUCGCCCUAUCCACGCGGCUACUACAAGUGCAGCACGGUGCGCGGCUGCCUCGCCCGGAAGCAUGUGGAGCGCGACGCCGCCGACCCGUCGAUGCUCAUCGUCACCUACGAGGGCGAGCACCAUCACAGCCCCGCUGCCCAGGAUCCUCAGCCGCCGCUCGCCCCGCUGCCGGAGCUGCCCAACCAUUAA